AUGGGCUGCGCAGCUAGUGUUCCAGAAAACGAGGAAAAGGAUCCUUUUCUUCACGAUAAACGCAUCAAUGAUGCCAUCGAACAGAAUCUCCAGCUCAAUAAGCAGAAUGAGAAAAACCAAGUCAAGCUCUUGCUUCUCGGGGCAGGAGAAAGUGGAAAAUCUACAGUGCUAAAGCAGAUGAAACUUCUACAUAAGGGGGGAUUCACACAGCAGGAACGAAUCCAGUACUCCCAGGUUAUCUGGUGUGACGUUGUUCAAUCCAUGAAGAUCCUUAUAGUCCAAGCCCGAAAGCUUGGAAUCGCACUCGAUUGCGAUCAAGAAAACAGUCCUCUAAUUCCAUAUAAGCAGAUUGUUCUUCGAGCGAAUGCCUUGGAACAAAUUGAUACAGGCGCAGCAGGAGGAGCACACUUCAUGAACGACUAUGUGUUGAAGUACAGUGAAGUGCAAAAAAACAAGCGCAGAAUGAACAGCACGGGUGUAGCCAACAUCUCAUACUGGGACGAUCCUCCUGUUAAAUCAGAUCAUGAAAGUGAUAAUGUCAACGUCGUCUACAACAGCACAAACCCAACUCCAAAUAGCACCUAUUCGAGAGAGCAAAUCGCUGAUGCUAUUCAUAAGUUGUGGACGUCCGAUCCCGGAAUCCAUAAUUGUUACGAACGGUCCAACGAGUUUCAAUUUGAAGCCAGUGCUGAGUACUACUUUGAGAAUGUUUACAAGUUUGCUGACCCUGAUUACUACUGUACUGAUACUGAUAUCUUGAAGGGCCGUAUAAAGACCACAGGAAUCACCGAGACAAACUUCAACAUCAACUCAUUCAAGUUCAAGGUGUUGGAUGCUGGAGGACAACGUUCAGAACGUAGAAAAUGGAUACAUUGCUUUGACAAUAUCACUGCAGUUUUAUUCGUGCUCGCCAUCUCAGAAUACGACCAGAUGUUGUUUGAAGAUGAGAGAGUCAACCGGUUGCACGAGUCGAUUGUGUUAUUCGACUCGUUGUGUAAUUCCAAGUGGUUUGCCAAUACCCCCUUUAUUCUCUUUCUUAACAAAACCGAUAUAUUCGAAAAAAAGAUCCAACGAUCGCCGUUGAAGCAGUACUAUCCCGAGUACAACGGCAAGCCCCAAGACUCGGCUGAGGCUAUGAAGUUCUUUGAAACCAACUUCUUGAAACUUAACCGAACAAAUAAACCCAUCUAUGUGCAUCGCACCUGUGCCACAGACUCCAAGUCAAUGAAGUUUGUAUUAUCGGCCGUAACCGAUGUGAUUGUGCAGCAGAAUCUCAAGAAGAGCGGAAUCAUGUAG